AUGGCGUUCAUCGUCUGGAAUGAGUGGUUUACUGUCCACCAACUGCAGCGUCAUAACGUUGUUCCUGUUGAGGAUCCUAGGCCGGUUCGGUGGGAGAAACCAGCAGCGGGAUGGAUAAAGUGUAAUGUUGAUGAUGCGUUUGUAGUUGGGUCCUGUGUUACUUCUAUGGGUCUUUGCUUUCGUGAUACCAAUGGGCAUUUUGUGGCUGACUUGACUCAAUGGAAGCAGUCUUUUUACUCUAUAGUUGAAGGCGAAGCAUUGACACUAUUACAUGCUAUGAGAGAGACUAUCCAUCGUGGAUUUGAGCGAGUCCAACUUGAAAGUGACUCAAAGUUAUUGGUUGACGCCAUUCAUUCGAGAAGACGGGGCAAUUCGGAAUUUAGUUUAAUUGUUAACGACAUUAUUCUUCUUAUGUCAUAUUCUUCUGUAAACUUUGAGACAAAUUAUGCACAUUGA